GGUGUCCACAUAGUCUUCCCAUUGAAGUAAAGUUAGUUGAACAUUGAGUGAGAAAGUGGCCAACCAUACCAUACCCUUCUUUUUUUUCUCUUUCUCUCAUCAUCAUCAUCAUUGAACCAAAAAUAACAAUAAUCUAGUAAAUUACUAUAACUUCCACAAAUACAAAGAAAAUUCAUUAUAAACUCCAUAAAAAGUUGAAAAGAAUUGGAUUCCAAGAGAGAGAAAGAAAGGAAGAAGAAUCAUGUGGUGCUGGAAAUAAAGCUAGAGAGAGAAAGAUAGAGAGAGUUUCUUCUUCUACUUUGACAGCACUUUUAGAGUUCUUGCAACUUUGGAAGCUCUUUGACAACUAACAAGAAAAUUGUUCACUUUCUCUCUCACAUCUUCAUGACUUUAACCACUUUGAACAUCAUGCUGAAGAUAAAUUAGAGAUGCUGCUGCCUCCUUGCCGGCAAUCGUUCUGGAAGAAACAGUAAUGCUACUGAAAUGGGAAAGAAAGGGAGUUGGUUUUCAGCAAUCAAGAGGGUUUUCACACACCACUCCAAGGGGAAGCAGGAUUCAGAUAACAAAAGUUCAAAAGAGAAGAAGAAAGGUCCGGGAAAACUAAAGCAUGGAGAGACCAAUUCUUUUAUUCCGCUCUUCAGAGAGCCGAGCAGCAUUGAGAAAAUAUUUGGCGACUUCGAAAGAGAGCAACAAGUGCUUGCAAUUAGGCCUCCCACGCCUCCUGAGCGACCCAAAACACCGCCUUUUGUUCCUCCUAGAGUUGCUUCUCCUAGGCCUCCUUCUCCAAAGCCACCUUCUCCAAGAGCUUCAUCUCCGAAGGCUCCUUCUCCACGAGUCACCUCUCCCAAAGCUGCAUCUUCCCGGAAUGUUCAUCACAACAGACCCGAGCCAACUUUACGGAACCAGCAUGCGUCGGCUACUAAGAUUCAGGCCUUUUACCGAGGUUACACGGCGAGGAGGAGUUUUAGAGCUCUUAAGGGUUUGGUAAGGCUUCAAGGAGUGGUAAGAGGACAGAAUGUGAAGAGGCAGACAGUUAGUGCCAUGAAACACAUGCAGCUGUUAGUGCGAGUUCAAUCUCAGAUUCAAUCUAGAAGAAUCCAGAUGCUGGAAAACCAGGCACGAUAUCAAGCCGAGUUCAAGAACGACAAGGAUGCUGGCAAACUGAGUUUAGGACAUGGCUCCGACACAGGUAACAACGAAGAUUGGGAUGAUAGCUUACUGACAAAAGAGGAAGUAGAUGCAAGAUUGCAAAGGAAAGUGGAAGCAAUCAUCAAAAGAGAGAGAACAAUGGCAUUUGCAUAUUCACAUCAGUUGUGGAAGGCCACGCCGAAAUCAACUCAAACACCGGUGACAGAUAUGCGUUCGAGCGGAUUUCCAUGGUGGUGGAACUGGUUGGAAAGACAACUACCUGCAACAUCAACUCCACAAGAAAAACAAGUCCUAAAGAAUUUCCAACUCACGCCGCCGAGACCAUAUUCAGAACAAAAGACAAGUCCAAGACCUGGCUCAAGUACCCAAAGGCAACAGCAUCAUCCUUUUGCCUUCGAUAACAUGGAUACAUCCACUCCAAAAUCGACUAAAUCAACGAUAUUUCCAUCGUCAAAACCAUCUCGAACUCCUCCAUUUAGAACUCCACAAGGAAACAGUUCAAGCAUGAUGUCAAAAUACUCAAGGUCAAGAGCAGUAGGGUCCAGUUCACCUUUCGACGUGCCAAUGAAAGACGACGAUAGUCUCACAAGCUGUCCGCCAUUCUCAGUUCCAAAUUACAUGGCUUCAACUGCUUCUGCUAAGGCGAAAGUCCGCGCGAGUAGUAAUCCAAGAGAAAGAUUUGGUGGUGGUAGUAGCGGUUGUGUAACUCCAACUCCAAGCAAUGAUUCAAAACGAAGAGUCUCAUUUCCUUUGUCACAAGGAAUAGGAUCAUUCAAAUGGAACAAAGGGUCAAUGUUCUCUAGCAAUAAGGAUCCUCAUGGCUCUCGGACACCAGAUAAAUAUCAGGAAUCUAUAGGAAAUGUGAGUGUGGACUCGACGGCAUCGCUGCCGGCAAGGGUCGGAAGAAAGCCUUUUACAAGAUUUGUGUGAUUUAAUUUUUUUAACCAUUUUUUGUUUUAUUUUUUGUUUCAUGUUUGGUGGUGUUAUUAUCAGUUGUAUUAUGAUUAUGAUCGAGUGUAUUGGUGGUGAUUAUAGUUUGACAAAAGUAUACUCGUUGUAAAACUAAUAAAAAAAAGACAUAAUAGGAAAUAAUGGUUUGAUAACUUUUGAUUUGUAACUUUGUUUUUUGAAUAUAAAGUUCAUUUUCUUUGUCA